AUGCAGGGUCUGGCAGGUCACGGAGUCGCAGUCGCUGCUGCUCUGCCUCCUCUGGCGUCUUUUGCGACGGUACCUGCCCCUACUACUACUCCAGUGGCUCCUCCUCUGCCCUCGCCUGCUGCGGCUGCAGCUGCACCCGCUGCUAUGACCGCGAUUCCUGCGCUACCCUAUCCUACUGUGGCCGUGACCCCUCCUCUUCUCUCUCCUGCUGUGUCUCUAACUGCACCUGCUGCUGCGGACAUGACUCCUGCUCUACCCUCUCCUGGUGUGGCCGUGACUCCUCCUCUACUAUCUCCUGCUACGACUGCAACUGCACCCGCUGCUGCUCUCGUGACUCCUCCUCUACUCUCUCCUGCUGCAGCUGCAACUGCACCUCCUGCUGCACUCGUGACUCCUCCUCUACUCUCUCCUACUGCUACGACUGAGACAGAUCGUGCUGCUGCUGUUGCUGCUGCUGCUGCUGUGCCCUCUCAAACCGCUCACGCUCCUCCCUCUCCAACCGGAGGACAUGCUGCUCACGGCCUCCAGUACCUCCCGCAGGAACACCCCCUAGGCUCCGCAGCAACCGGCCACAUAGAAGAACGAGGAGGGAACUGCGGGACAGAUGGGAAGGCAGUGGGUGAUGCGGGGCGAGGCCGCUGA